AUGUACUACCCACAGUCGCCUGGAAUGUCGCAGAAGCUGCCAGCGCACCAUGACCAGAACGUUAAUCCAUGGAAUCGACAGCAUCUCGGUGUCGGUGUUAACCCACAGGCCCAAGCGCCCCCUACUUCGCCAGGCUACACCAUUUACACCAAUGGAGGACUUCUCCAACACCCUCAUAUGGCCCCAAUCCCUCACCACCACCACCAAAACUCCCUCGGCCACUUCCCAUCGCCGCCAAAUCUCCAGCAACAGUCGCCGGCUGCUCAGCCUAUAACCCCGCAUUGGUCGGAGCAGCUGAUGAAGUACGAGUCUGUGCGAGGCACACGGUCCCCCCAUCACCGUGCAAGGGCGAGUGCGAUAGCAGCGAGGGGCGUAACGAAGUCUGCUAUUACGAUCACGAAUCCAAACAAGCCCCCAGAAGACGACACGCCACCGUCUCCAUCCUUGGCUUUAGCAAACGCACUAAACCAUCCCUCCUCCACCGUCGCUCCUUCAACCGAGAAUGAGGACAGGCCGACAAUGUCGAAGCCACCGGACAGCACUUGGCAUCGGCUUGAUAUGGGCGGCGUUGGGCUCAAAACAAUACCACCAACAUCAGGAUUGUUCGCGUUCAACUUCCUCCAAUGCCUCUUCCUCAAUCACAACGCACUCAGCGUGAUUCCUGGGGAAAUCUCCAAGUUGCGUCAUCUCGAACUUCUCGAUCUUUCUGGCAAUGGGCUAUCCUCGCUCCCACCUGAAAUAGGAAUGAUAACCAGUCUCAAGGAACUGUUUCUCUUUGACAAUCUUUUGACAACUAUUCCUUAUGAAUUUGGGAUGCUACAUCGCCUGAGGAUGCUGGGCAUUGAGGGUAAUCCCUUUGAUGCUCAACUGAAGGCAAUGUUGCAGAAAGACGGAACCCCCGUACUAAUCGCAUAUCUUCGCGACUCAUCUCCAAUGCCAACGCCGCCUCCGCCACGACCCAUUGUCGAGAUCAAUCCAACUGAACCUGACGCGGAGAUGUUGAAGGUCAUUUGCUUCAACAUUCUUUGUGAGCGCGCUGCAACGACCAAGAUGUAUGGUUAUACCCCGGCUUGGGCUCUGGCCUGGGACUAUCGUAGGGCCCGGAUCAUGGAAGAGGUGACUUCAAGCCAAGCGGACAUAAUCUGUCUCCAAGAAGUCGACAUUGGGCAGUACGAAGAGUUCUUCUCCAAGCAGUUGCGGGAACUAGGUUACGACGGAGUCUAUGGUGCUAAGUCUCGAUAUCGGAUGAUGAGCGAAGCCGACCGACGAGCAGUCGAUGGAUGUGCCAUUUUCUACAAGAAGGAUCGAUACCAACUAGUCGAAAACCAUCAUAUAGAGUUCAACGCCAUCGCCAUGCAACGACACGACUUCAAGAAAACGGAUGCCAUGUUCAACCGAGUACUUGGUCGUGACCAUAUUGCUAUCGUCUGUUUGUUGGAAGAUAUUGAGACUGGCACAAGGACUAUUGUGUCCAACACCCAUUUGCACUGGGAUGCCGCCUAUUCGGACGUCAAGCUCGUCCAAACCGCGUUACUUUUGGAGGAGGUUGAGAAGAUCGCGAAUGCUUUUGCCAAGUACCCCCCGCGACCACCAGUCACACCCGGUGUUCUUGAUAUGGAGCCACCCCCACCCCCACCGACAUAUUCAGAUGGCGCAAAAAUCCCUGUUGUGUUCUGCGGCGACUUCAACAGCAUGCCCUCCUCUGGUGUCUAUGAAUUCAUCUCCUCAGGCUCACUAAACGCCAAUCACCCCGAUUUCCUGUCCCAUACUUACGGCAACUACACCUCGGAUGGUCUUAGGCAUAAGCUUGGCUUGAAGAGCGCCUACACGACAAUCGGUUCAGGUGGUGUUCAGGAAGAAAUCUUGGCCAUGACAAAUUACACACCAGGCUUCCGCGGAGUCCUUGACUAUAUCUGGUAUUCGACCGCCAACCUUGUUUUAAACUCGGUUGUAGGUGAAAUUGACAAAGCGUAUUUGGACAAGACAGUGGGUUUCCCCAACACCCACUUUCCUUCAGACCACAUCGCUCUGACGGCCACCUUCUCAGUCAAACCUCCACGGGAAGCAGCUGCUCCGAGGCCACCACCUGUAUUUUCAUAA